AUGGAAAAAAAAUAUAUUAUCAAGAGUAGUUUAAUUCCCGUAUUGGGUAAUCCCAAUUCUAAAAAACGGUUUCAAUUAUACAUUGAAUAUGUACAAGGCAAUGAAAAAUUUCUUAUUGAAAAGUCUAAUAGGAAUAAGAAAACUCUUGAAGAUUUACUUGAAAAACAUAAAUCAGAAUUUGAAGAAUAUAAUAAACGUAUAGAUGAUUGCAAAAAGAAAAAAAAAGAGAUUGAGAAUUUAUUGUUAAUACAACAUAAUAGUUUUGUUCUUGAAUAUAGAUUUUUACAAAGAUUUGAAGAUAAAAAUGAGAUAAAAAAACAAAGAAAUCACAUGUGCAAUGAAUAUAAUAUUCUUUUACGAGGAAAUAGUUUAAUCGAUUUUAAUAUUGUUGAACCAGAAACAGAUUUUUUUGAAGGGUUAUUGAUGUUACAAUAUGAAAAAUCAAAAAAAUACUUGAAGGACAUUAAUUUAUUUUUUGAAUGA